UACAUUAAUCAAAAUUAGAACAAAAUACUCUUUCACCAAAAGUCUCUUACGAAGCUUCGCAGAAGUUGCCAUGGCCUUAUCUUCUCUCCCACCUUUUAACCACCCCAUCUUCCUUCCUUUCUCCACUCAACCCUAACAUUCUCUCUCUAACUUUCUCUCUCUCCCAAUCUUCUGCGGUUUAAUUUUCAGCCAUGAAGCUCAUUGUCAAUCCUAAACAUCUUUUCCGCUCCAAGAAAAACCAAUCUGUCUCACGAUCUGAACCUUCAUCGUCCGGUUCUGUAACAUCGUCUGACUCGUUGGAAUCGUCGUCGUCGUCCUCCUCGUCGAUCCACAAGGCCGACGCCGGCAAGAAAAUCGACGAUGGCGGGACUCCGACGAGUGUUUUGCCGUCACAUUCACACGAUAUUUCUGAUAUCUCCGGUGAAUGGUCGGAGAUCUCCGGCGAUUUGUAUUUCGAAUUGGAACAAGCGUUUAAGUUGAUAGACAAAGACGGUGACGGAAAGAUAACGAGAAAGGAGCUGGAAGCUUUGCUGAGCCGAGUGGGAACCAAGCCGCCGAGCGACGAGGAGCUGACGAUGAUGUUGAGCGAGGUGGAUAGCGAUGGCGACGGCUGUAUCAGCUUGGAGGAGUUCGGCGCGAUCCGAUCAGCUUUCGAGCCUCCGGCCUGCGACGCGGAAUUGCGAGACGCGUUCGACUUCUUUGACACGGAUCGCGACGGAAGGAUAACGGCGGAGGAGCUCCACAGGGUGUUCUCGGCGAUAGGGGACGACCGAAGCACGUUAGAGGAGUGCCGGCUCAUGAUAAGCACGGUGGAUAAGAAUGGAGAUGGGUUCGUUUGCUUUGAGGACUUCACGCUUAUGAUGGAGCAGCAGAGAGCUUAAUGCCGAUCAUGCCCUAAUAUAUAUACAUAUACAUAAAUAUGAAAAUUUGGUUUUUUUUUUUUUCGGUUUAAGCUCAAAAGAGAGAAAAGGAUUAAAUGAAUUGCUUGAUUGCUUGAUCGAUAUCUUAUGUUGUGAAAUUCUGUUACCACUGUGUAUGCAUUUGAGAAAUCAAUCAUGAAUCAAUUUAUUUUAUUUUGUA